AAAAUAAACGUGUAGAUUUAUUUUCCAAUGCAGUUCUCACUGUACAGCAUUGUAAACAACCUUGCAAGAUGCAGAGGAUCACACCCAUAUUAACCAAUAAUAUAUUGCUAGAGAAAUGGCAAUGGCAUGGGGGCAGACCAUGUCAUUUCACAUAAUCAUUAGCGAUAUAAAUAACUACAAAACGACUAACAGUCGAGACACCGUGCAUGUCGCGUCUUCAUAUCAUGGUAUGUUUGGUCUUCUGCAUUGCAUGACUUGAGCAGGGUGCAUUAUGCACACUUGGUAUUCACACACACGCUUCAUCUUUACAGCCUUGUGGAUGAUGCUUGACCAGAGAGCAGAAGCAGAAGCAGCAGCAGCGGGUCCGCUAGGGCCGCUCCAGUGCCGCACUCACUCAACCCUCUCCGCGCACUAACUGACGUGUUUUGCGCAUUUCCUGGACCAGCCUUCAGACACACGCACAGUCGGGAGAAAAAGAGGCAGGUCUGCAGGAAACUGAGUACCGACGGACAAACAAGGAUCCUGGAAAAAGCAAGUGAGUACGGAACCCUCGUAAACAACAGUCGUUCUCCUGUCUGGGGCGAAUCGAAAGACGCUUUUGCGGGGGAUAACUUUCCUCCCAAUGCGCGGAGGAGACACAUCCAGCGCUCCAGCCAGACGAGGGAACAGGCUGCUCACCCUGAGGAGCUCCAGCAUAUAUUUCUGGCAUAUUUUGAGGUGUGGAAUGCUGGUCGUAUCGCUGCUGAUACACUGUAGCUGUCCUUUUUCGCUCCGACUUGCGUUGCUGGCUGCCUACAGCGGUGUUUGGACAGCUUCGAGAUCACAUGCAGGUUGUCCGUAGGUCAUAGCAAUAGACUGCCUUUCUGUCUGGACCUUCUACACUUUGCAUGCAGAUCCACGAGGACGACGAAGGGCAUUUACCGUUAUUUCACUGGGAGAAACAAUCCCGAAUACAACCCGGUGGACCGUGACAUACACCGGUUGAAUAAUUAACCAGGCGCCGAAGUGGAAUAUUGUUACUAAAGCUCUCAAAAGUGGCCAUGGUGGUUUUUAACGGUCUGCUGAAGAUUAAGAUCUGCGAGGCUUUGGACCUGAAGCCCACAGCCUGGUCUUUGAGACACGCCGUCGGCCCCAAGACGCAAACCUUCCUGCUGGACACGUACAUCGCCCUCAACGUAGAUGAUUUUCGCGUGGGUCAGACCUCGACCAAGCAGAAGACCAACAGUCCCGUCUGGCACGAUGAGUUUGUGACGGAGGUGCACGACGGCCGGAAGAUCGAGCUGUCGGUCUUUCAUGACGCGCCGAUUGGCUACGACGACUUUGUGGCCAACUGCACCAUUCAGUUCGAGGAAUUGCUGCAAAACGGCAGUAAACACUACGAGGACUGGAUAGACUUGGAGCCAGAGGGAAAGGUUUAUGUCAUUAUCGACUUGUCUGGAUCGUCCAGUGAAGCAGGAGGCUGUGAGAAUGAGGAGCGCGUAUUUCGUGAACGCAUGCGUCCCAGGAAGAGGCAGGGAGCUGUCCGGAGGAGGGUGCAUCAAGUCAACGGACACAAGUUCAUGGCCACCUACCUGAGACAGCCCACCUACUGCUCGCACUGCCGCGACUUCAUCUGGGGUGUAUUGGGAAAGCAAGGGUAUCAAUGCCAAGUGUGCACCUGUGUAGUUCAUAAACGCUGCCAUGAGCUGAUCAUCACGAAAUGUGCGGGUCUGAAGAAACAGGAGGACACCACAGAAGAGGUGGGAUCUCAGCGCUUCAGCGUCAAUAUGCCUCAUAAGUUCAGUAUUCACAACUACAAAGUCCUGACGUUCUGUGACCACUGCGGUUCAUUACUGUGGGGCCUGCUGCGGCAAGGGCUGCAGUGCAAAGUUUGUAAGAUGAAUGUGCACAAGCGUUGUGAAAGUAAUGUAGCUCCUAACUGUGGGGUGGACGCCAGGGGCAUCGCUAAGGUGCUGUCUGACCUCGGAGUCACUCCAGAUAAACUCUCGGGCAGCGUCCAGAGGAGAAAAAAGAUCUCUCAGGGUCCAGAUCCGCAGCCCUUACCCAUAUCCCCGCAGUUAGAAGACGAUCGAUCCAAAUCUGCACCCACAUCACCAUGUGACCAGGAUAUAAAGGACCUGGAGAACAUCAGAAAGGCACUUUCGUUUGACCAUCGCGGUGAGGAUCUGAAGCCAGCCUCGUCCUCCUUGCCGACCGAGGGCCUGACGGAGGAAACGGGGCAACCCAGAGAGAACGGAGAGGUGAAGACGCUCCAGACCAAAAGGAUGAUGCUGGAAGACUUCUCCUUCAUCAAAGUACUCGGGAAGGGCAGCUUCGGCAAGGUGAUGCUUGCAGAGUUAAGAGGCACUGAUGAGGUUUAUGCGGUGAAAGUGUUGAAGAAAGAUGUCAUCCUGCAGGACGAUGAUGUGGACUGCACUAUGACUGAGAAACGCAUUUUAGCGCUGGCCAGAAAACACCCGUACCUGACCCAACUUUACUGCUGCUUUCAGACGAAGGACCGUUUGUUCUUCGUCAUGGAAUAUGUGAAUGGCGGAGACCUGAUGUUUCAGAUCCAACGUUCGCGCAAAUUCGAUGAAGCUCGUUCCCGGUUUUAUGCUGCUGAGAUGACCUCAGCCCUCAUGUUCCUGCACCAAAAUGGGGUCAUUUACAGGGAUUUGAAGCUAGACAACAUUCUGCUGGACGCAGAGGGUCACUGUAAGCUGGCAGAUUUUGGCAUGUGUAAGGAGGGAAUCCUGGAUGGCAUCACAACCACAACAUUCUGUGGCACACCAGAUUACAUUGCCCCAGAGAUCCUGCAGGAGCUUGAGUACGGCCCAUCAGUGGACUGGUGGGCUCUAGGUGUGUUGAUGUACGAGAUGAUGGCUGGUCAACCUCCAUUUGAAGCAGAUAACGAAGACGACCUAUUUGAGUCUAUUCUCCAUGAUGACGUCCUAUAUCCCGUGUGGCUCAGCAAAGAGGCCGUCAGCAUUCUUAAAGCGUUUAUGACGAAGAGCCCUAGUAAACGGUUGGGUUGCGUAGUGUCCCAAGGACUGGAGGAAGCUAUUAAAGUGCAUCCGUUCUUCAAAGAGAUUGAUUGGGUACUUCUGGAACAGAGGAAGAUCAAGCCGCCUUUCAAACCACGUAUUAAAACCAAAAGGGACGUCAACAAUUUCGACCAGGACUUCACCCGCGAGGAGCCGGUGCUCACCCCGGUGGAAGACGCCAUUAUCAAGCAGAUCAACCAGGAUGAAUUCAAGGGCUUCUCUUACUUCGGCGAAGAGACCCUGUCCUAAUACUAAAACCUCCAUCUCCUGCGCUGUACUUGGCGCACACGUGCGCUGCGAACGCUGUGAACGCCCACGAGCUGAUCGUAGACCAUCAUUUACCGAGAAUCUGAUGCUUUAAUUUAAAAGUAGAGAGUCAGGCAUUAUAAUCUUUCCUGCUGAACCCCAAAAAACGUACUCACACAUUUGCACCGAAUGAAGCGGAGUCAUGUUUAUUUAUUGUAUGUAAAACACUUAAGGGAGCUCAUGCGACAUCACUAAAGCAGCUGGAUAGAGCUCAUUAGAAAGCCAUUUCAUGUUUCAUUUCUCCUCCCAUCAUGCAGUGGUACACCUGGAGUCAAUGCAUUUACACUAGCACCGUUUUGAAAUGCAAAAACCAAAUGUAAAGAACAAGUGAUUGUAUUGCAGACAUAAUGCUUAUGAACGUGUGAAUUGGGAGUUUGAAGCACUCAGCAUUGGGAUCUGAUCACAUGAUGGUCUGAUAGACAGAGACAGUGAUUGGACGGUACUGGGAAGGACUCAGAACUGCCUUUUAUGAGACCAUCGCACCGUUUCCAUUUGAAACAGCAGUGUUGACGUAUACGCAAGUCACCAAAACAAGUGUUGUGUGUGUGGAGGGUAAGGUUACAAAAGCACCCUCUUUAGUGUUUCAUUGUGUGUGUGUGUUUUUUUCAUUAUAUUACUGGAUUGUUUUGUUGCUAGGAUGUGGAAAUUGUUGGUUUCUCUACAAUGCAACAAGACCUAUCAUUAUGAACGGGUCAGGACAGUAGCCAAUCACGUCUCUACAAUCUACAGUACGUACAAGUCCUGAUUACCCUAAUCAUUAGCCUGUGAACUUUGAAAAUAGACUAAUCAUCUACUGCAUGGUUAUGCCUAUGAUAUUCUCGUGUAUUAUUAGACUAUGACAAACUGUUAUGUGCAAUAUUCUCUGUGCGUGUGUGUUGGUUUAGCUUUUUUUUUUCCCGUCACCAUCUCACCUUCAAUGUUUUCCACCGUUUCUUGCAGUCUGUCUAUUUUGGUUUGGUUGCCAGGUCAUGCGAUAUCCAGCACAGGUCCUUGAUUUCAUCUGCUACAGCCUCGGUAUACUAGUUAGACAAGACACAAAAUAUUAAGCUUCUGUGGCAAAAAAAAGAGAGGAAAAUACAUAUAAAUGAUCUUCCAUUCUAAAUAUAGCACAACUGAAAUAUCCUAGAGUUUCUUCUGAUAUGAAAGCUGUAACAGUGACGCAAGCAAGACUAGUUACAUUUAUCAAGAAAAUCCGGUCCGUUUAAUUAAGCAUUUUUUAAUUCUUUUUGCAUAGUCUUGCCAACACCAGGCUUUAACAUCAACAUGAAAUUGUUGAUUUAUCUGUAAUAAAAAAAAGCAUUUGAAACAACUUUGUCUUUCUGCUGAAGCCACCUUUUGCAUACAAACAUCUUGAUUUUGCUGUGAAAACUCACUUUUCACAAUCCAAUCAAUUCUUGUUACGUGAUAUUUAUUUUCCGUGCCACUUUUUUUCUUAUAUAUCAGAUCACCAAAGUGAAAAGUGGGUUGUGAACAGCGUCUCUUGUUAAAUUUGAGGCGUUUACUUUUUCAUGCACAUUUGCCAGAUCUGUUACUUCAUUUUGAGUUCGAUUUUUGGAAUAAUUUACCUGUCUGGCCUUAUUUGUGCCAUUCUAAACUGGCAUCUAUUGGCUUGGAUGGAGUCCACUAACAGGAACUCUCACCUGCCAAACACCUGUGCCCUAAAGGUAAAUUUGCAAAGGUUUUUUAUUUCGUUUCAUCGUUUUUGAAAUGACUCUACAUAGGAAACACAUUGACAUGUUCAAGCUAAAGAUGAAAGUACCUCUUUGGUUAAACGUGAAUCUGUGUCUCACAAAGAAAUACAUAUUUGUACAUACAGAGGUACAGUGCAUAUUAAUAUAAGUUAUAUAAGUGUUUCAUGUCACUGUAAGUAUCAUAAAUGUGUAUGUAUUUUUUAUUUUAUUGUGCAGCUUCAUAUGUACAGUAUGUCAUAAGACAUGAGUGUUUUUUUUUUUGGUUUUUUUUUGGACAUCUUUGCCAUUAGUCACUGUCAUGUCAUUAUUCGCAUUUUACUGUGUGCCAAAUGUACUGUUCUCAAAGGAUGUGAAUGUGCAUUGUUUGGUUUGUAACCUAUUAAAUAAGAUGUCAGAAAUGAA